UUCAUCGGAGGGUUAAAACUCGGUCACCCAAAAACCUGUAUCCAAACACACCUCUUCUGUUUGGCUCGACGACCCCAACACCGACGACGCUCAAAUCGCAGAGAGAAACCAGAAGCUCGAGAAUCACCUCUUUCUCUCUCUCAUGGCGAAGCUUACGACGGAGACCCCCAUAUGUCGGCGUAUUGUUCGUUCAUUCUUGGACUUUCUCGAUGCCGUUGAGGCUUCUCCUGGGGUUGAUGAGGAAGGGCUCGAGGUUGCUAAAGAAUGCUUAGCAGAAGCGUUUAAGAUAAAUCUGGAUUCUGUCGGAGAUGAUCAGAUUAAACCUGUUUCUCUGAUCAAUAUGUUCAGUGCAUUGGACAAGAGUGAACAUCAAGAAGACAGAGCAGAUGUUACCCGUAAUGUUACAAUUGAUGGCCCUAGUUCCUCUUCAGGACCCAACUUGCCGAGUUCUUGUGUCUCUGAAACUCAGAGAUUUUCAGGGGAUCUGAGGGCAGAACCUCAGUUUACUGGAACUUCUAGAGAUGAGCUGUUUGGCCAGUUCUUUGGUGCACUUGAAAAAAUUCGUUUUUUCAGGAACACUUCUGAUGGAGAUGAUGACCCUGCACUACUCGAAAAAGCAACACGAAUAUUUCACGAUGCCAUAAAUGAGAUGGAAAAGUCUGGAUGUCAGACUUUUGAUGCAAAAAAUCUGGCAGAAACACUGAAAUCCCAAGGUAACAAGGCCAUGCAGUCCAAGCUUUAUUCCGAGGCAAUUGAAUUGUAUUCUUUUGCAAUCGCUCUUUGGGGAAACAAUGCUGUUUUCUACUGCAACAGGGCAGCUGCAUAUACACAGAUCAACAAGUACAAUGAAGCAAUUAAAGACUGUCUUAAAUCCAUUGACAUUGAUCCAAAUUACAGUAAGGCGUAUAGUCGUCUUGGUUUAGCGUAUUAUGCUCAAGGAAAAUAUGCUGAAGCAAUCGAAAAAGGGUUUAAGAAAGCUUUGCAGUUGGAUCCACAUAACGAAUCUGUCAAAGAAAACAUCCGGGUGGCUGAACAAAAACUGACAGAAGAGCAGCAACGGCAAAGACACAGUCAGAACUCGAGCACAGGUCAGAAUCAAGAACCGAAUAAUCACUUUCCGGGUGGAGCGAGCACGAGAGGCCAGUUCUCGAUGCCUUUCAACCCCGAGUUCAUGAACAUGCUCAUGAACAUGACGGGAAACGCGUUCCAUGGAGAUCAUUCUCACAACAAUCAGGAGAAUGACGGAAACACGAGCCCUUCAGAUGAGCCUGAAAUCCGAGUAGGCGGUAAUAUCAAUAUCGAGCUCGGGCAGGAGAUGCCCGAGGAGUUCUCGAGUGCUCUGAGAUCAAUGAUGCAAAUGUUUGGUGGAUCACAGCAGCAAGGCACUACUACUGGUAACAACAAUAAUACUCAAGACGCUAAUGACGAACAUGGGCGACCUUCUUCUGGUAACUAAACUUAAAAACUCUCAUGGGGGUUACCGAGUGGAUUUAAUGAUAUAUACUGUAAUGUCUUUAACAGCUUUGGUAGGUUUUGGAUUUUUAACAGAGGGGAUGGAUGUAUUAUACUUUUUUUUUUUAAUCUCUGUAUCGUUAUGGUAAAAUAAAAAAUGGAUCAACGGAAUCAAACUGUUAAAAUUCCUUUUCACGUUCUUUA